AUGCAACUUGAUAGUUUGCUGACAAUAAUCCUCCGAAUCUUCGAGUCGUAUGGGAAUUCAGACGAAGCCGGGAUUCAUUGCAGCAACUGUCCUACGCGCGUACCUCAAAGCCGGUCACACUGUCGCUUUACUGUGCGCUCCGACGACAAGGCGCAGCAGAUCGUGGCCAACAACCCCGAGUUCACGUCGCUGCUCGAAGCUGCAAUCGUCCCUGACAUUGCCGCAAAGGGUGCAUAUGACGAAGCACUCCGGGAUGACUCUCUGGAUGCCGUUGUUCACACAGCCAGCCCUUUCUUCACAGACGUGACAGACCCCCAGCUCCUUUUGCGCCCCGCCGUCGAAGGAACACUCAAUCUGCUGCAUGCAGUGGCAAAGUUUGCCCCGCGGGUCAAACGGGUCAUCAUCACCAGCAGCUUUGCUGCCAUGAUCAACGAGUCGAAAGGAAACUGGCCAGGCCAUGAAUACAACGAGGACGAUUGGAAUCCUAUAACGGAUCAGCAAGCUCUCUCUGGCGGUAUCGUUACCUAUAGAGCAUCAAAGACAUUCGCUGAACGAGCCGCCUGGAAUUUUGUUGCCGAUAAAAAGCCCUCGUUUGAUCUCGUCACUCUCAACCCUCCCAUGGUCUACGGUCCCAUUAUCAACACCCAAAGGUUGUCUGCACUAAACGAGUCUAGCCAGCGGUUCUGGAAGUUUCUCAGCGGCCAGAUGAAGGAGAUUCCGACGUCGAGCUCGCCCUUGUGGGUGGAUGUAAGAGAUGUCGCCGCUGCACAUUUGGCAGCAUAUGAAAAGCCAGCUGCCGGUGGCAAGAGGUUCUUCAUCGUAGCUGACGAAUGGUACUCAAACCAGGACAUUGCAGACAUCUUCCGAAAGCACUUUCCUGAAGUGAGAGAUAAAGUCCCAGAAGGAACUCCUGGCCGAGGUUUCCAUCUCAAGCCCGAGGAGAUUUAUACGCACAACAACUCGCGCUCAAAGGAGAUACUCGGAAUCACCUAUCGUUCGUUUGAGACCUGUGCUACAGAUGCUGGACGGUCCAUCCUCGAACUAGCCAAAGCCGAGAAUGCAUUGUAG